GGCAACAUUCCUAGUCAGUACUUGGGGAGACGCCGGAGGGAGAGGAGGUGCGUGUUAUGGUGUGUGGCUGGUGUGAGUGUUGACCCUAAGUAGCCAAGAUGGCCAGCUCGAACAAGGAUGAUUCGCUCUCUAUGGAGCAAAGGGGUAACCAGAUCGUCCAUGUGCGUGCUGACAGUGACAGCGAGCUUCAGGCACUUUUCGAGGUAGUGCUGAAGCCCUCUAGCCAAGUGCCCUUGCAGAAGCCCUUCAAGAUGCGCAACCUGCCCGCGUCUUUCUUCAUCACCCACUCGAGGGAAGGCUCGGCGGACUCUACCUACGGCGGGGGCGGCGUGGGCGGCCUGAGAGUGUCGGGUGCCAUGUCACCCAACACGGCCCCGCAGCACUUCCGGCACCACUCUUCGCCAGCAUCCUUGCAACAGACCUUCGCUGUGCAACAGCAGCAGCAGGUUGGCCACCUGAACCUCAACGAUGAUAUGGGGAGUCUUCCUCCUGGCUGGGAGCAAGCGAGGACUCCCGAGGGGCAAAUAUAUUACCUCAAGUGAGUACACUGCAGAUUGUCUU